AUUGACCCGCUACCCACUGAUGUAAAUAUCGUUUCCAACUCUUUUCAGUUUUUGGAUUGAAGAUUUUCUAUAUUGAAUAACAAACUUGCAAAUAAGAUGAAUAUUCUUCGAAGUGCUAUUUUUGUCCGUUCAUCAGUUCCAUCGGUUCGAUUUUUUACGACUUCGUCUGUACGGCUAUCAAGCGGCGAGAUCCCGAAAAAUGUCAUUGAUAAUCUGUCCACUGCCCAGCACCAACAAGGAAAUGGAGUUAUUUAUGAUAAGAAACCUUUCAGAAUAGAAUUGGUCGAAGGUAAACGCUAUUCAUGGUGCCUCUGUGGAAGGUCUAAAUCGCAGCCUCUAUGUGAUGGAACCCAUAAACUUGAACAAUAUAAAAUUACCCUAAGACCGGUGAGGUUCCAAGUAGAGAAAACAGGCACUUACUGGUUAUGUAACUGUAAACAUACUAAAAAUCGACCUUUUUGUGAUGGCACUCAUAAAAUCGAGGAUAUUCAAAAGACUGCUGGAAAGAAUUGAAUUUCAUUUGUUUUAUAUGUUGAAAUUUGUGUUAGUUGCAUUUUUGAUUAAUAAAUCGCAAUAGUUCUAUA